GACCUGAACUCCUUUAAGCAAAUAGGAAAGUCAAUCAAAAUUUAUGAAGGAGAUGAGUUUUAGAGAGAUUUCUGAAGACACAAGCACCGAAAAUGGUGAUUCCAAUUUUUCUAAUACAGAUGCACUCAUCUUCGGAAGUGCUGAUAUUUCAGGUGGGGAUACAAGUAUGAUCUCAGGUCCCAAUAUGGCUUCGUCUUCAUCUUCAUCUUCAUCUUCAUCUUACUGGAGGGUAGAUCACCACCACCAGCAGAUCUCGACUGCUGCUGGCAGUGGUGAUGAUGAUAAUGAUAAUGAGUUGAUUGUAUCAUCUGCAUCUUCCAGGAUAUUAAAUGAUGAUUUCAGGGCAUUUACUUCGGUUGCUGGUUCUGAACUUGGUUUGCGUUUGAAUACUGGUGAUGCUGAAGGAGUGAAUAGCGAAACUAGUAAUAUGCUUGUACAAAUAUCAAUAGCUUGUUUCGAGGCAAUCCAACAGAACAACCUAAAUCUAGCUGAUACACUUGUCAUCGACUUAAGAAAGUUUGCAAAUUCACAAAUAGGAGACAUGAAGAAAGUGGCGACUGAUUUUGCACAAGCGUUGGAUCAAAUGAUUAUUCACGGAACGAAUAUUCCACAAUCCAUCAUCAAAAUCCUAUAUUAAGAAGUUUAAAGUUAACCUUUUUAAGAAAGGUAUAUGUUCCUGUAUUUACUGGAAAGGAAAUUAAAAGAGUAGGAGGUAGUACUUUUGAUGUGGCGUUGGUUGAUGUUAAUAGCGGAGAAAUCGUUGACUCUGCACCAGAAGCCUCCGUGACAGUGGAGAUUGUUGUUCUGAGGGGAGAUUUUGGUGGUGAUGGAAGAGAUAAUUGGACUUCUGAAGAGUUCGAUAGCAAUAUUGUGCGUCAUAGGGAAGAUGUGAAUAAGCCUCUUUUUUCAGGAACAGUACACAUUAGACUGAAUAGAGGCAUAGGUUUAAUAGAUAAAAUCAAAUUUUCUCACUAUACAAACUUUAUGAAGACUAAUGUGUUCUGUCUAGGUGCAAGAGUUAUUGAAUGUUUCGAUGGUACGCGACUAAAAGAAGCAAAGACAGAACCCUUCACUGUCAAGGAUGCGCGCGUAGCUGCUAUUUGCAGGCAAAGAGACCAAAGGAAUCAAAAAGGAAAAAAUGCAAUCCUGCAGCACUUGAGCAUCACAAAGAAAAGGGAAGGAAAUGAAUUACAACACCUGAGCAACACAAAGAAGAAAAUGCGCCAUUCAAGGAGCACAGAUAAUUCAGCAGAAUCAAGUGAAGAUAGCCACAAUCCUAGUAUCUGACUAGGACUAUCAAUCAAGCAGAAUCCGGAGACAAAACAGGACGCAAUCAAGAUUAAUACAAAGAUUAGCCCAAUCAACAAAGAAUCAAGGAAGAUAUCGAUUUACUCAUGCACAUAUUUAAUAUGGACAUGAAUCAGCAAAUCGUCUCAAUCAAGAAAUCCCUCAAUAUCCUUGAUUGAGAGAACCACCUUACAAGAGCAAACAACCAAUAUAUAUAAACAUCCCUUAGCUUUAGUUGUGAAGUACACACUUCACUUGAACUUGUAUUGUUUUGUUCUUUUUGACUUUCAUAAAACUCUGAAUUCUCUCGAGUAUACAAUUGAAAAAGAAAGGUCAAAGUGUAGGUUAUACAGGUAGAUGUUGUGUCAAAUAGAAGAUUAGAUUUUUUACCGUGUUUGUUAAGUAUUAGUUUUCGACGAAUGAGAUUCCACUAGCUCCGCCCCUGCCUGAAUUAGCUUGUGUUGUUAAUGUACACGUACUUAAUCUAACGCCAUCAAUGUGG